AAAGUGUUUUGCUUCCAGGGUUCACCAGGGUUAUUUUCCCACCUGUUUGCUGUAAGAUGACUAUUAUAAUCACUCGUGUUUAGCAUAGGUGUUGUAUAGCUGAGUUAAAUAGCUUACUUAAGCCUGUACUUUAGGCAGUGGUCCUUUAAAAAAGUAAUCUUCAAGGAUCUUUUCACCCUGAGGCUUGAGUAAUAUCUUAAUAGAAAAUUAUCAUAUGAUUUUGUCCUGUAGGAAGAGACAUUUAUUUAUAAAUACCCUUGCCCCCAUUACUAUCUUAAGAAAAGCAGUUCUAGGCCAGGCACAGUGGCUCAUGCCUGUAAUCCCAGCACUUUGGGAGUCUAAGGUGGGAGGAUCACUUGAGCCCAAGAGGUCGAGACCAGCCUGGGCAACAUAGUUAGACCCCAUUGCAGCAAAAAAUAUAUAUAUUAGCUGGGUGUGGUGGCAUACGCCUGUGGUACCAGCUACUUGGGAGGCUGAGGUGGGAGGAUCUCUUGAGCCUAGAGGUUGAGGCUGCAGUGUGCUGUGAUUGCACCACUGCACUCCAGCCCGGAUGACAGAGCAAGACCCUUUCUCAAAAAAAAAAAAAAAAAAAAAAAAAAAGAAAAAGGAAAAAAAAGAAAAGCAGUUAUAUUUUACCUGCUUAUUCGGGUUUUAAAACCUCUAUUUAUUUUGUAUCAAAUAGUGUGGAAGAAUAGGUGAUUUCUAGUAUGGUUUGAACUGAUAAAUUAAGCCCAUGGAUCUAAAAACAAUAGCAAAAAUUAAAACCCAUCUUUCUCUUGGAAGGGAGCUCUGAGUGAUGGGCACAGUGGGCCCUUACUUGUUACACAUCCACUUCUCUUUUUUCCACUCUUUUAGCCCUUGUUCCUUUCUUUUUCUUUAUUCCUGUCACAUUUUUACACUUCUUUUUGACCUCUAUUCUUAUUCCUGCCACUGCCACUACAUACAUUGCCUAGUUCAUCUAUAAAGUUUGACAUUGAUAGGUCUUUUUUCCUUAGUAACCCUGUUAGCAUUUAAGAAGUUCCUAGGUAUUCUAUUUAUUCUUUAUCACAUCAUUUUUCUUAAUAGCAUGUUUCACCAUUUGAAAUUUGUAAUUGGUUUCUUUACUUGAUUGUUCCUUCUCCCUGGAAUGUAAACUUCAUAAGAACCAGAGGCUGUUGUGUUCACUGUUGAUCCCCUAACCCCAGGUUUAGAGGAGGCGUACAAUAAUUAUUGUUAAAUGAAUGACAUGUAUUGCUGAGAAUUUUGUAGACCGUUCUCUGCCCAUAUUUGCUUCUCAGAGUAUGUUUAUUAACUGAAUGAAUUAGUAUUUAACUGAAAAACUCCAAGUAAAGUAGAUUUCUGCCCGUUCACAUGUUUGAUCGUGUAUCCUUGUGUUCUUGGGACUUAUACCAACUUUUAAUUUUAUCUGGGAAUGUGAAUUACUGUCAGUAGAUCUUAAUAAUAAAGUAGUAUUAAAAAUGUUUGGGAAUAGUCAACUGAGAAACAUAAACCAGAGAGCACUUUUGUAUUUAAACAAGUAGAGGGAUGAUGUUGGCUUAAGUGGUAGUGCCAAAGCCUUAUUGCAGGAAAUUAAAAAGGAGUGAAGAAUAUUACAUUUUAUGAAUGGCAUGUUCCGUUAGUUUUAUGUAAAUGCGUCAUUAAUGGGUUUUGCUUAUUUUAUGGAUUUAUUUUUAAGUUCUAUCAGAUUUAUUAAAUGCUCUGGCUUUCUUUAUCCACUCAGUUCAAGGGCUGUGGUGUUUAUUUUCCUUGUUUGUAUGGGUAAUCUGUCUUAGUACCCGUGAGCAUGAAUAAGUCACACAUUUCUUGUUAGUGAGACUAGAAGGCAUAGUGUCUUAUCAACCUAGGAGACUUUAAAUCGUUCUGGUCUCCACAGAGCCGAUGUCCUCAGCUUGGGCUUGUCACCCUGGACUGGAUGAGAGCUUAUGUCUGUUUUCAAUUUCCCAAGGAAAAUAAGAUUUUAGGAGAUGAGAAAAGUCAUAGACUUCCAGGGGCUGCUUCCCUGUGGUUUGAGAAUUUAUGAGCCCUACAAGUGUGGGUCACAGAAGCACUAGGCCGGGCGCACUCGCUCAUGCCUGUAAUCCCAGCACUUUGGGAGGCCGAGGUAGGCAGAUCCUCUGAGGUCAGGAGUUCGAGACCAGCCUGGACAACAUGGCGAAACCCCAUCUCUACUAAAAAUACAAAAAAUUAGCCGGGCAUGGUGGUGCAUGCCUGUAAUCUCAGCUACUGGGAGGCUGAGGCAGGAGAAUGGCUUGAACCCGGGAGGUGGAGGUUGCAGUGAGCCAGUAUCCUGCCAUUGCACCCCAGCUUGGGCAACAGGAUCAAAACUCCAUCUCAAAACAAACAAACAAACAAACAGAAGCAGAAACACUGUCAUUGCCUCAGAAUUGUGUUACAACUUACUCUUCUUGAAUGCCGAAGGCUCGCACCAGCAGGCUGUGGACCUUUUGACCAAGUUGAUGUUGCUUGUGUGACAGUGGCCAGUCCUCAGACUAUGGAUUUGCCAGAGCACGCUUUGAGGAAAAUCUGAUUCCGGCACUUCCUGGAUUCAUACGGAGGUCCUGGGAAUCCCUAGUGUGACUUGGAUAGCUUUAAAAUUGGCUGUGUCCGUUUUCUCUUUGUUUUGCUCCAAUGUGAGACCACAGUAAGGAAUAUCUAGUCUUACUAAUCCAUGUAUUGGUUUAGAAUUCUAGUUUAUUCUAAAAGAAGUCAGGUUGUAUGGCAACUCUGUAUUUUAGCAUUUGAAGAAAUUCAUUGAAUGGUAAGCUGAAGAGUGACAUGGUUGAAUUUUUGAUUUCAGAAAAAUCAUUGAUGAGAAUGAAUCAGAGGGCUGGCUAGGAUGAAGGCAGGGAGGAGAUGUCAUGGUGGAGGGAGAGGUCCCAAAGCUGGAGAGUUUCCUGGAAAAGACUGUCCUGGCAAGCCAGGUGUGUCAAGCACAACAAUGAUUUCCAUUAGUAGCAAGAAAAAAGGCAAGCCAUGGACAUUUACAAGCAGCCCCUAGAAUGUAUUCAGUUCAGUGAACUGUAGUGGCAUACACAGUCAUUUUGUUUUUCUUUUCCGCAUUUUUUUCAUUCAAAAUUAAUGUACCAGUAAAUACCUCACAGCCUCAGUUUUCUUAUCUAUAAAAUGAUAGUACUUGCCCCAGAGGGUUGUUGCAUGUGAGGAUAAAAUGAGAUAAUCUCUAGAGCAGUCAGGACGUUGCCUGUACUUACUAAAUAUUAUUAACUGGAGGCUGGGUGCGGUGGCUCAUGCCUAUAGUCCCAACACUUUGGGAGGCUGAGGUGGGUGGAUCGCUUGAGGCCAGGAGUUUGAGACCAGCCUGGCCAACAAUGGCGAAACCCAGUCUCUACUAGACAUACAAAAAAUUAGCCAGGUGUGGUGGUACGCACCUGUAGUCCCAGCUACUCGAGAAGCUGAGGCAUGAGAAUCACUGGAACCCGGGAGUUGCAGGUUGCAGUGAGCUAAGAUGCAGCCACUGCACUCCAGCCUGGGCAACAGAGCGAGACUUGGUCUCAAAUAAAUAAAUAAAAACUGGAGGCUGUCGCUGAAGAGUAGAGGUAAAAGAGUUAAAAUGAUUAACACAUUUACCCUGAUCUUUGCUAUUGUGGGUCGUAGGUGGGUCUUAUUGUGGGUCAUGGCUAUUGCAGGUCUGACAAUCAAUAUUCCUGUUUAUAUAUGUAAUAGUAAUCCUUAAUGUGUACUUCUUGAAACAAUUUGGUACCAGGUAUUGUGGUAAGCCUUGGCAGGGGGUGGCACAGAGGUGAAUAGGCACUGGCCCUACCCUCGAGGGGCUUACUACCUUGAGGAAUGUGAAAAGGAUGAGGGACAUUUGACCCCCAUUUUGGAAAACAUGCAGACAUUUAAUAGGUGGACCAGGUGGAGGAGUGUGUUUCACUCCUUGAAGGUGUCCCAAAGGAGAGGGAUACUUUGGUUCCUUCUGGGAAUGAUGAGAAUGACCAUCACUUAUUGAGCACUUAACCGCAUGCCAGGCACAGUGCUGAGCAUGUUAUAUUUUACAUCAUUAUCUCAUAUCCUUGUAAGAUACUUCUCCAUUUUUACAAUGGAAGCUCAUGGUGGCAGAAUCCCUCCUUUAGGAUCACAGGCUACAGCUGCAAGGGUAGGAAGGUGAACCCCAUUCUUGUAGCUAUCACAUGUUAAUGCAGGAGAUUUUAUCCUUUAGGGGUUAAAGGAUUUACGUGGGGAGGGGCAAAAGAUGAGGCAGGAAAGGUGGAAGGGUGUAGGAAGUUGUGGAGAUUUUUUAAACUACUUUGUUGAGAUAUAUUUCAUGGCAUACAUUUUCCUAUUUAAAGUGUACAAUUUUAGUUUGUUCACCAAAUUGUGCAAUUAUCACAAUCUAAUUUUAGAAUAUUUUUAGCUUCCCCCAAAAGAAACACUGGAUGCAGCUGCUCCUAUUCCCAAACUCUCACCCCUACCUUAGCCCCAAGCAACCACCAAUUUACUUUUUGUCUCUGUGGAAUCUCCUAUGCUGGACAUUUUACAUAAACAGAGUUAUAUAAUAUGUAGUCGUUUGUAUCGGCUUAUUUGACUUAGGUAGUGUUUUCAGUAUUCAUCCAUGUUGUUGCAUUUAUCUGUUCAUCAUUCUUUUUUGUUAACAAAUAAUGUUGUGUGGUGUAUUUGUACUACAUCUUGUUUAUCCAUUUGUCAGUUGGUGGACAUUUAGUUUGUUUACACUUUUAAAUUUUAUGAAUAAUGCUGCUGUGAUCAAGUGUACACGUUUUUGUUUUGUUUUGAGAUGGGGUCUGUGUUGCCCAGGCUCGUCUCAAAUUCCUGGGCUCAAGUGAUCCUCCUGCCUCAGCCUCCUGAAUAGCUUGGAUUACAGAUGCAUACCGCAGUGCUCAGCCCCCCAAUUUUUAUGUGGACAUGUUUUCAUCUCUCUUGUAUAUAUAGCUAGGAGUGGAAUUGCUUGGUUGUGUGGCAAUUCUAUGUUUAGCAUUCGAAGAAAUUCAUUGAAUGGUAAGCUGAAAAGCGACAUGGUUGAAUUUCUGAUUUCAGAAAGAUCACUGAUGUGAUGAGAAUGAAUCACUCUCUGGAGUGCUAGGAUGUGGGGGCAGGGAGCUAGCUUAGUAUAUUAUUGCAAAAUCUUGCCAAAGAUGAGCUGAUCAAAUGAGAGGAAGCAUGAACUAAGAUGGGAGCAGCAGGAGUGGAAAAGAGAGAUAUAAUGAUGCUAGGGCAGAGGUUAUAUUUACAGAACUUGAAAUGCAGGCUCAGGAGUGGGAGCAGUCAGGUGGUGCCAAGCCUACAUAAAUGAGCAUGGUGUUGCUUUUGACAAAUAGGAGAGGCAAAGAGGGGAAUAACAUUUUGUAGUUUCUUAAUUUCUAGUAUGUCUUGAGAUAGGUCUCUAAUUAUAUGCAGCUCAGUUAACAGAUGAAAGUUAUUGGUUUGUCAUGCAUUCAUCUUUAUGAAAAGAAAGGAUUUGGCCUUGCUUCUUCCUUGUUACGAAAGUAUGGCCAGGGCUGGGUACGGUGGCUCACACCUGUAAUCCCAGCGCUUUGGGAGGCUGAGGAGGGUGGGUCACCUGAGGUCAGGAGUUUGAGACCAGCCUGGGCAAUAUGGUGAAACCCCAUCUCUACUAAAAAUAUAAAAAUUGGCUGAGUGUGGUGGCGCAUGCCUGUAAUCCCAGCUACUCAGGAGGCUGAGGCAGGAGAAUCGCUUGAACCUGGGAAGGGGAGGUUGCAGUGAGCCAAGAUCAGGCCAUUGCACUCCAACCUGGGCGACAGAACAAGAAGGCUCUGUCUCCAAAAAAAAAAAGAAAGAAAAAAAGUAGGACAGUAAAAGACUUAGCAGCUGACUUGCCUUAGAAUUAAAGUUAACCAGCAGAUUUUGUGUAUUCAUUCAAUAAUCAAGUCUAGUUAAAUUGCUUGAAGCCAUUUUAAUGUUUAAAAAAAUACUAAAAGAGGCCAUUGAAUAGUCAUGGAAAAAGAAAGCAAAUUAUUGUUUUUCUUUAAGUAUCAGUUCAUCUGAUAGAUGUGGGUUACCACAAAGCAUUGGUGGCUCACCAAAAAUUGCCUGUUGGUAGCCUGUGUUUGCAAACUGAUACCUCUCUAUUUCAUGGAGUGAUAUCAAUUAGGUUAUACUUAAAUACUUCAAAGGCUUUUGGUUGUUUAUUGGUUUGGGUUUUAAAUUAGUACAUGUUAAUUGUUGAAUUGGGUAGCCACAUUUUGUUUGUUUUAUGUAUAUUUAAACAAUGUGACGAAAAAUACUUUUUCCAUUUGCGGCAGCAAUGUGAAUAAUGGAACAUUGUGACCUUCUAGAUUCUGUUAGUAUUACAGAAUAAUGUAAUUAGGCGCUAUAUGGAACUUGAAAACAUACUUAAAUUUUUGUUCUGGCUGUGGUUUUAUGCUUUGCUAAAAUGUGGCCUGUAACAGUUUAUUAGUAAAUAUGCUGAAUUGCUUUCUUUGGCAAGUGCAUUUCAGUAUUGAAUCCAACUAAAAACACAAAUAUUUACUUAUAAAAGUCAUUUGGUGUAGUAAUAUUUUUACUAUGGCCACUGACCCACUAGUGCAACGUUAGGGCAUUGCUAGAUUGGAUCCUGUUUAUUUAAAGGCCGAGAGAGAGAGAAAGAGAAAGCUAACAUUAAUUGAAUGCCUAUUAAUGUGCCAUCAUAUUUGGUACACUAUUAUCUCUUUUUUGCUUUCCCAGCAACUCAGGAAGUUUAUAUUAUCUCUGUUUUUCCAGCAAGAAAAGUAGCUCUCAAAGAAAUUUAUAGAAAUUGAGAAGUUGAUUUUUAAACUCUGAAAAUGUAAACAAUCCAAAAUUGUCAAACCAAUUUUUAAAAAGAACAAAGUUGAGAUUCUUGUAUUAGCUGAUUUUAAGACUUACAGUAAAGCUACAAGACAGUGUGGUGUUGGAGAAGAGCUGCACAUAUAAAUCAGUAGAGUAGGAUAAAGUCCAGAAAUAGACCCAUACAUACAUGGUCAAUUCGUUUUUGACAAGGCAAUUUAAUGGAGAAAGGAAAAUCUUUUCAACAAACCAUGCUAAAACGACUAGGUUUCCAUAUAGAGAAAAAAAUGAGCCUCGCUUAAAAGGGUCGUAGACCUAAAUAUAAAAGCUAAAACUAUAAAACCUAUAAGAGCUUUCCCGUGUGGAGUCUGGAGACGACGUGCAGAAAUGGCACCUGGAAAGGGGAAGGAAAAGAAGGAAGAACAGGUCAUCAACCUCGGACCUCAGGUGGCUGAAGGGGAGAAUGUAUUUGGUGUCUGCCAUGUCUUUGCAUCCUUCAAUGACACUUUUGUCCAUGUCACGGAUCUUUCUGGCAAACAAACCAUCUGCCGUGUGACUGGUGGGAUGAAGGUGAAGGCAGACCGAGAUGAAUCCUCGCCAUAUGCUGCUAUGUUGACCACCCAGGAUGUGUCCCAGAGGUGCAAGGAGCUGGGUAUCAUUGCCCUACACAUCGAACUCCAGGCCACAGGAGGAAAUAGGACCAAGACCCUUGGACCUGGGGCCCAGUCGGCCCUCAGAGCCCUUGCCUGCUCGGGUAUGAAGAUCGGGAGGAUUGAGGACGUCACCCCCAUCCCCUCUGACAGCACUCUCAGGAAGGGGGUCGCCGUGGUCACCGUCUGUGAACAAGAUUCCUCAAAAUAUUUUCUGUUAAUAAAUUGCCUUCAUGUAAAAAAUAAAUUAAAAAAGUGAAACCUGUAA